AUGCUUUGGGCUAACAUUCUUGCCAACAUAGUCCUGGUACUUCCUCUAGCAGUGGUUGGACGUCCUUUGGACAACGGCAGACAUUCUCAAGACCCAAUUGUCGAUCUGGGAUACGCUCAGUAUGAGGGAACCGCUCUUGAAAUUGGAGUCAAUCAAUUUCUCGGAAUUCGAUAUGCUGCACCGCCUCUAGGAGACUUACGGUUCAGGGCACCGGAAGAUCCUGUUGUUACUCACGGAGUUCAAGCGGCCAAGGAAUUUGGAGCAACCUGUAUCGGGACAUCUGGAUCCGGACCAGCACUCAGCAAUAGCACCAACGAGGAUUGUCUAUUUAUCGAUGUCUUUGCACCAACCAAUGUGACGCCGCACAAGAAACUGCCGGUCUGGUUUUUCAUUCAGGGUGGUGGCUAUGCUGCAAAUUCAGACAGGAACUUCAAUGGAUCAGAAGUUGUCGCAAAGUCAAAUUACAGCAUGAUUUUUGUGCAAAUAAACUACCGCGUCGGUGCAUUUGGGUUCCUGGCCAGUGAAAAGAUACGAGAAAAUGGCGAUCUGAAUGUCGGGCUUCUUGAUCAACAAAAAGCCCUGAAAUGGGCAAGGCAGAACAUUCAUCUUUUUGGAGGAGAUCCUGACCACAUUGUCAUUCAUGGAACAUCCGCUGGUGGUGGCUCAGUGGCCUACCAUCUCACUGCGUAUGGGGGUCAGGAGAAACUUUUUGUCGGCGCAAUAGCAGAGUCUCCGUUCCUUCCUACGCACAAGACCGUCGCUGAGUCCGAGUUCCAGUAUCAAAGAUUCGUGGAGGGUGUCGGGUGCGGGGAACAUGAAGAUUCUCUCGCCUGCCUUCGAUCCCAAGAUACAGCAACACUUCAGUCUGCCGAUGUGGCUUCUCUAUUCCCUGGUGCAAGUGAAACUCCAUUAUGGUAUUUUUUGCCCGUUAUCGAUGGCACGUUCGCCCCGGAUGCACUCUAUAGGCUCUUCGAACAAGGCAGAGUGACCAAAGUCCCAGUAAUGGUUGGCGAUGACAAUGACGAAGGAACAUACUUCACUCCAAACGCUACCACCUCUGCUGAAUUUUUGGACUUCAUGCAGGCCAACUAUCCUCGACUGACAUCCACUGACCUUCAGCUUAUCAAUGCGACUUACCCACCAGGUGCAUUAAUGCCAGAUCAUGCUCUAUACUUUGCCCCAGCCGCUCAAGCUUACGGGGAAGCAACGUUUACCUGUCCAGGCAAUGAGAUAGCCUCAUCUAUCGCCAAGUACUUCUCCCCCGCAAAAACUUGGAACUAUCGUUACAAUGUUUGGGAUGCAGCCUACGAGGAUGCCGGGCUAGGGGUACCACAUGUCACUGAAAAACCAGCGGUCUGGGGUCCUGGGUACGCAGGAGCAUGUGAUAAUUGUUCUUAUUUGACUUACAACAAGCCAAUGGUCCCCAUUGUCAUGGACUAUUGGAUCAGCUUCAUACUAUCACUGGACCCGAAUACAUACCGGGACAGCUCUGCUCCCGAAUGGAAGCCGUGGGGGACCGCUGGUGGCCAAAGAAUGCGGUUCCAGCUGAAUGCUACAGAGAUAGAGCCAGUCCCCGAUGAUCAGAAGCAUCGCUGCAUGGUCUGGAAACAUUUGGCUCGCACGAUGGAGCAAUGA